GAGGCAAGAAGAGCGCUAAAUUCUUGGCGCACUCUCCAAUUCUGCGAUCAGCAGAGAAACAGCUUCUCCCCAGUGACUGGAAGCCACGACAACCCACCCAUCACCCAACGACCAAAUCGCCAACAUGUCGACCUUCGAGCCGGUGAUUGUCAUUGACGGCAAGGGACACCUUCUCGGUCGUCUCGCCUCGACCGUGGCCAAGCAGCUCCUCAAUGGCCAAAAGAUUGUCGUUGUCCGCUGCGAGGCCCUCAACAUCUCCGGCGAGUUCUUCCGCGCAAAGCUGAAGUACCAGGCCUUCAUGCGCAAGCAGACUCGUUACAACGCAACCCGUGGUGGUCCAUGGCACUACCGUUCGCCAGCCAAGAUGUUCUGGCGCACCGUCCGUGGUAUGAUCCCACACAAGACCGAGCGUGGCGCCAAAGCACUUGAGCGCCUGAAGACCUUCGAGGGCAUCCCACCACCAUACGACCACAAGAAGCGCCAGGUCGUCCCACAGGCUCUCCGCGUCCUCCGCCUCAAGCCUGGCCGCAAGUACUGCACUGUCGGCCGUCUUGGCCACGAGUUCGGCUGGAAGUACCAGGACGUUGUCGAGCGCCUCGAGGAGAGACGCAAGGUCAAGGGACAGGCAUACUACGAGAAGAAGAAGGCUGCCCGCGCCAAGCUCGCCGAUGCCCAGUCGAAGGUUUCCUCCGAUGUCCAGAAGCAAUUGGCCUCUUACGGUUACUAGAUGGAAAGAAAAAGCAUGGAUUUUGGCAAGAGGUGAUAUAACGCAGAGGAGGCCACGGCUUCCGGCUGCUGUCUUCGCAUGAGGCAUACCCAUACCCUCGGAGCAAGGCGUUCAGGGUGGAAGCGACGAGACUUUGUCUCCGGCACUCAGGUCGUCAGCAUGAAGAGAGGAUAAAGCGUAUCACGAUUGCUUUCAAUGAAAAGCUAUGCCCCGAAGAGCGUUCAAUUUCUUCGAGACAGUUGUCCAUCUUGCAUGGCACUGUACCCUUAGCAUACGCUUCGAUGCGUCACUGCUACUACCCGACUUUGCUUCGUGCAUAACUGGGUCUUACGCCUUUGUGCGUGUCUGUUGUCUCUGGGGGAUAUGGCACGAUUGUGUCUGCUUGUACAACUUUGUACAAAGCUGCUUUGCAGUUACCACGACCUUACGGUCUUGUGGCAUGCGGGACUGGCAGGACUGUACUCUGCUACGCCCAUGUUGCUGCUGCUUCGAUGGCACGUGGCACUUGGUCGUCUAGAGCUCAGGUGCAUGAGGGCUGGCCUUGGUAUCGCCUUUGAUUCAAGGUCUCCGCUCAGCCGUUCUCUCGAACGCACGCCGUUCAUGCCU